CGUUGCCUCUGCAGCCAGACGAAUCUGCCCCCCCUCUGAUCUCCUCCCUGAUUGGCUGGUUGAUGUUUCUUGUUGCUGUACCGUACAGGAAGUCUCUAUCUUGGAACACACUGCGUGCCAGGAAGCGCGCUGAAGCCAGGGACUUCUCCUCGUUGGGGGUCAGAGGUCAGGAGAACGGCCUCCUUCGUAAGCCCAAAGAAACCACGCCCCCUCCCCCUCUCUCCUCCCCCGCCACCCGGGUGAAGGGCAAAGAGGUUCACACCUCAGACGAGUCUGACUGUGACGACGACCUCGACCCAAAGUCCGGCAUGGAGCUUUUAAACCCAAACUUCAUCCAAGAAGUGGCUCCAGAGUUCCUCGUCCCCCUCUCUGACGUGGUCUGUGCGUUCGGAGAGACCGUGGUCCUCUGCUGUAAAGUCUGCGGACGACCCAAACCCUCCGUCACCCUGAAGGGUCCGGACCAGAACCCCGUGACCAGCAACAGCCGCUUCACCAUCGACAUCAGAGACACGGGGGACAUCCUGCUGAAGGUCUGUAACCUGAUGCCUCAGGAUACGGGGAUCUACACCUGCGUCGCCGUCAACGACCACGGCUCUGCUUCCUCCUCCGCAUCCAUCAAAGUUCAAGGUAUCCCAGCAGCCCCUGGGAGGCCGGUGGCUCAGGAGGCCAGCAGCACGGCGGUGAUGAUCCACUGGCCGCCUCCGGCUUCCUCCGCUCACUGCUCCGUCAGCAGCUACACCGUGGAGUACCGACAGGAAGACUCGUUGGUCUGGCAGCAGGUGGCGAGCAGCAGAGAGGAGUGUGUUCAGAUCGACACCCUGAUCCCUGGAGGUCACUAUCAGUUCAGAGUCAGGGCCUCGAACCGCUGGGGGGUCGGCCCGCCAUCCGAGGCCUCAAACAUGGUCACACUGGCCAGCACCAACUCGGGUUAUGACGGGACGGGGAUCCAGUGGAAGGAGAACUUUGAGUCGACGUUUAAUGAGCUCUGUGAGAUUGGAAGGGGAAGAUUCUCAGUGGUCAGAAAAUGUCUCAACAAGUCUUCAAAGAAAGAGGUGGCGGUGAAGUUCGUGAGUAAGAAGAUGCAGAAGAAGGAGCAGGUUGCUCACGAGGCCGACGUCCUCCUUCACGUCCAGAGUCACCAGCUGGUGGCGCUGUUGGACACGUACGAGUCUCCCACCUGUCUGAUGCUGGUCCUGGAUCUUCUGGAGGACGGCCGUCUGCUAGACUACCUGGUCGCCCACGACGAGCUGAUGGAGGAGAAGGUGGCGUUCUUCAUCAAGGAGACUCUAGAAGCCCUGCAGCACCUUCACACCUGCAGAGUCGCACACCUGGAUCUAAAGCCUGAGAACAUCAUGGUGGACCUCCACACGCCGACCCCGAGCAUCAAGCUCAUCGACCUCGGCGACGCCGUCCAGCUCUCGGCUCACCGCCGUUACGUCCACCUCCUGCUGGGGAACCCGGAGUUCGCCGCCCCCGAGCUCAUCCGAGGGACCCCGGUCUCUGUAGCGACGGACGUGUGGAGCGUCGGCGUCCUGGCCUACGUGAUGCUCAGCGGCGUGUCCCCGUUUCUGGACGAGUCCCCGGAGGAAACCUGCGUCAACAUCUGCCGCCUGGACUUCUGCUUCCCGGACGAGUACUUCAGCGGCGUGAGCCAGGCCGCCAGAGACUUUGUGUCCUCGGUGCUGCAGCAGGACCCCAGGAAGAGGCCGAGCGCCACUUCCUGUCUGCAGCACCCGUGGGUGGGUCGAGGGGGUCCGCACGGAGGGGAGUACUCCAAGACGCCCCUGGAUACGACGCGUUUGGCCACUUUCAUCGACAGGAGGAAGCAGCUGCACGACGUCCGGCCCAUCACCAAUAUCAAAGGUCUGGUGAGCAGCAGCAUGGGGAACACACUGUGACGGAGAGACGAGCAGAGACACACGCAGAGACAUCAUCUCUUAAUUUAUUCAGCAUUUAAUGAUCCUUAGUAUUUAUUUAUGUGAGAGAGAGGACGA